GGGUCGAGACCACGGUGACUCUGGGAAAUCGUCCCGUGUGUUCGAGAGCAGAACAAGGUCAGCUGUGGUUGAACGCUCAGAGAAAAGGUCUGUUCAUCUGUGACCGACUCACCUGGAGGACACUGCUGCACAAUCCGGAGCGUCUGGAUUACGUGGAGGAUUAUCAGGAUCUCUACACCAACUCAGAAACCUUCGAUGUUGAGCUCUUCUCCAUCCCAUCUGAAGGCCUGUUCAUGGCUGCAGCCAACAGGGACUCUAUGUCCGGGUCCAGCUUGUACCGAUGGAGAAAUGGGUCAUUCCAGCUCUACCAGAACAUGAGCACUCAGGAGGCUCGAGCCUGGAAACACUUCACCGUCGACGACAAGAUUUUUCUGGUGGUGGCGAACUCCAGGGAGGUGGAGCCUGAGCUGUCCAUCAUCUAUCGCUGGAAUCAGAGGCAGCGGCGUUUCCUCCGUUAUCAGACUCUGGAGACUCACGGCGCUCUGGACUGGGAGGCCUUUAAAAUCCACAACCACAGCUUCCUGGUCGUGGCCAAUCACAGACGAGCUAGAGACUCGAACCACAACAUCCAGAGUGUGAUCUACAGGUGGAACCCAAACACAAAGCUGUUUGAGGUAUACCAGACUCUGUCCACAUCAGGAGCAUACGACUGGGAGUUCUUCACCGUUGGACCAUACCACUUCCUGGUGGUUGCCAACACCUUCGACGGUCAGAGCACGACCAUCAGCUCCACGGUGUACGUGUGGUUGGACGGCAACUUCCAGACAUUCCAGAACAUCCCGACGGUGGGAGCCACUGAUUGGGAGACGUUUCAGAUCGACGGGCGGUUCUUUAUCGCAGUCGCCAACAGUCAGAACAUUUCUGACCGCGGUCCGAGUCAGUACAGCAUCAACUCCACCGUGUACGAGCUCAGUGCGCUGACGCAGACCUUCAUCCGCUUCCAGGACAUCCUAACACACAGUGCGGUCGACUGGGAGUUCUUCACCAUCGGAGACGAGAAGUUCCUGGUGGUGGCCAACUCUUACGAUGGCAGCUCGCACUCUCUGACCAGCGUUGUCUACAGGUGGCAGGGGUACGAGGGAUUCGUUCCCGUCCACAGUCUGCCGACCUUCGGCUGCAGAGACUGGGAACACUUUAGCACUAAUGAAGGCUCCUUCCUCAUCUACUCCAGCGCCACCACCAGGCUCAGCAAAGUGUUCAAACUGAAGACGUACUGAGUGAAUCCAUCUGCUCUGCUGGGAACAAGAACGACUCUGAGGAGCUUCACUCAGUUUGACCUUUGACCCUGAAACCAGCUGCUGGACUCAUCGUGACCUCUGAACUCUGAAUGUUCUCAAACUGAACAGCAGCUUUUCAUUUAACCUUGUUUACGUUUGUGUCUACAACCUUAAAAAACAACAACAACGUACUCGAUGUAUUUAUGUUGCACUUUUAUUGUAAAAAUCAAGUCGUGUUAAGCUCUGCUGAUAAGGACAGCACCCCUAGUGGGCAAAGAAAGACAUAACCAAACCUGAUGAAGGAUCAUGGAGAGUUUCUUUAAUCAUCGUCAACAUCCAUGUCGUUAAAAUGCUUAAUGUUUGGUUUGUGAUUAAAGUUAAUUCAAUCAAACAGAGAAAAGUGAAACCUAUCGUCUCGUUCAGGUUCUUCAAAG